AUGGCUCCAAAGCCGGUGUUACAGCCCCUAGAGCUUCCAAAGCACAUGACUUUUCCUUCUGAGCUCCGUGAGCCAUCGUCGACCAUAUAUCUCGAUACGAAGACAAAGGAAAUGGAAGCUGAGAAUCAAGAAAACACGGUUACCAUCACUCCACCACCGGCAUACACAGAGUUUCUUGAGACGUUCAGCCCCAUCUUCGCGAGCUCUACUACCUCUCGCGCGAGCUUUGCCAAGUAUAUGCUCGACAAGCCUCGCCGAUCUCCCACCUCGGCGCCAUCCAGCACAACCUCCUCUUCUUUCUCGAAAGGGAGCACACCAAAACACUCACCCUCAAAGCCACCUUUUCCUCUGUCACCUGCAGUCUCCUGGUCUCCAAAGGAAGCUCCAGUGCCAGCCCCAGCAGCUAAACGGCUGCGACUCCCCCCUCCAUAUCUCUACUCCCCAACAACAUCAACAGCAACAACAGACUCUCCUCGGUCCGCGCAUCUCCUCCGCUCACCCUUUCCUCCUCAAGAAUGGAAACUCAGGCGCUUCGAGUCCCCCAUAAGCGAGGCUGGACCCCAAGUCUGUGUACGACAGAUCGUCACGACAACAAUUAUGUACAAACACGCGCCUCAACUGGAUCCAGCACCACCAGGCAAACGCAGACGGAAUUCUGAUCGUCGAGGAUAG